UCAUCUAAGCAGAUAUAUUAAAUUAAAAGCUUGUCUUAUGCAUGGGCUUUCACGAUACUCCAAAUCGUUAUCCAGUUCCUCCAGGGAAUCUCACCUGAUCACACCAAGCCCCCCCUCGAUGAAGCCCCUUUCGAUGAAUGAGUGGUCACAAAUACGUGACUAUGUCCCAUUGCGUUGAUGUUCCACAAUUUCAGUAGCCAUCAGAAAACGAGCCCAUCACCACCGGCACCAGCUCGCCUUAAUAAGUCGUGCUCGGAAUGCACCAGGCGGAAGGUUAAGUGUGAUGGUGGCCACCCAUGUAGCUCUUGCGCGUAUUACAAAGUCUCACACCUAUGUAACUAUCGGCAGCGGAAUAAGAGGAAUGCUGUCAGCAGAAGUACCCUUGAGGAGGUGUCAGAGCGAUUAAGGUCACGAACAGAGAUCCUUGAACGACUGUUUCCUGACGCGUCCGUGGACGAGCUCAUUGGCAAGAGUCGUGAUGAGUUGCUAGAAAUCCUUCGCGUAAACUCAGUAUCCAAAGGGCCAUCGGUGGACUUAGUUAGCCGGCCUGCUGAAUAUGCCGAACCGGCUGAUGAUUCCGCUCAAGUAUCUGAAAACGGCGAGCCUACGGCCGAUCGGCAAUGGGACGAGUCAAGUCACCAGCCGCCUGUACUGCAAGCCGCCGAUGAUAUCAACGCUAUCAAUCUCGCAACCGACAAACACCGUCGCUCUUAUCUAGGUGUGACUUCAAUCAGCGCCAUUCUCCGAGCAGUUUUCCGAUUUUGUCCCUCGGCGAAGCAUCGCGUUGCUGAGCAAGCCAAGAGAUGGUCCGAGAAUCCUAUUCAACCCCAGCCUCAACCUAUACCAUUUAUGAGCGGGGACUUGAGUACCCAUCUUCUCAAAGAGCAACGAUGUAUCGAUUUCUAUUUCGAGCAUAUCCAUCCAAUAGUUCCUAUGCUAGAUGAAGAAGACUUCCGGAAUUCCUACUCCUUGAGACAUCGCAGAGAUCCCGGUUGGCUCGGUCUGCUGAAUAUGGUGAUAACUCUUGGCUCUAUAGCCUCUGGAAGCGAUACCCUUCAUGAGCAAUACUACGAACAGGCUCGCAACUUUUUAGAUCUCGAUAGCUUCGGCGCCGGCAAUCUUGAAAGCUUGCAGGCUCUCUGUUUGCUUGGGGGACUCUACUUGCAUUAUCGAAAUGCCCCGAAUAUGGCCUAUGCUGUCCUUGGUGCUGCACACCGCGUCGCCAUCGCUCUAGGGUUACAUAGAGAGUCCAGGCAUCGAAAUACCACCACUAGCAAAGUUCAAGAGGAUACGAAGCUAAGCCGUGCCGAAACUAAACGUAGGACGUGGUGGAGUUUAUUCUGCCUUGAUACUUGGGCAAGUAUGACACUGGGCCGUCCAACCUGUGGUAGAUGGGAGGGUACCACGAUGGACACUUUAUUUCCUAGUCUUUUAACUGAAAAUGAUCAUAUGGCAAUGUCAUUAUCUGCUAGUCUCCAGUUCUGCCUAUCAUGCAACCGCAUACAGAAUCGCUUUGCACGGUUCAGUCGUCUUACGAUCACCGAGGCAGUCUCUUAUGAUGAAGAGCUGCAAACGUGGUACGCCUCCAUACCUUUAGUUCUUCGGUCACCGACAAACUCGCCAUCACGUCUCACAGUUGCACGCGAAUUCAUGCGGAACCGCUACCUUAAUAUACGUUUAAUCCUAAUGCGAUCUUUAAUAUUGUAUCUUGCGCAUAGCCGCAUUCAAAAGGCUCAGCUUAGCGCCGAAGAACUUCAGAUUAUCAAUAAUUGCCGAACCGUUGCGGGUGAAGCUAUUGAUUCGAUAGCACUUUACUGGACGCCGAACAGAAUUCACGUCUGGAACUCAGCUUGGUACCUGUUUCAGGCCUGUAUGAUUCCUCUACUUUCCAUCGUGAUUGAGCAAUCGCGCCCCGAUCCGAAUGCCGGGUCAUUGGCCUCGGCUCGCGCAAGCUUGGUCAAAGCUCUCGAAACAUUCUCGGAAAUGAAGCCGUGGAUGCGGGCUUCGGAUAGGGGACCAGACAUAGUCGCAGCGAUAUAUGAAGCAAUUACUGGUGAAGCAGAAGUUGCUGGCCGAACCCCAUCUCAGGAUGGAGAUUCGAAUUUCUUCGGCUGGUACGAUGAACAGCUUACCGCCGAGUUGGACUGGGGUUCGUUUCUAAUGGACGAUGAUCUCCAAGGAGCUUUCUUCGCAGCCCAAUGAAACGAUAUCUAAAAGCGAAUAAAAAUGUAUAUUACUAUACUCAAUUAGGCGAUUCGUCGGCCUACUGGAUAUCUAAAGACAAUUUAAGGA